AUGGUGGCAUCUCGCUGCUGUCGAUGUUGCGUUGCGUUGGGCAUUAUCACUGCAGUGUCCGUGCUUGUCAAUGAGGCCCUGACUUCUCCGUGCAGCUUCGUGUCUCCUGGUGGCUCGGGGCCCCGUGGCGGGAACCGGCAAGGCACAGCCGAGAAGGAGCGAAGCGACGAAGGACGUCUCGAAGCAAUGUUUUGGCUACAGAAAAACUGGGAAGGUUUCAAUGCGACCUACAGCAAACUUUGGACCGGUGAACAGCUGACUGCAGAUGAUGUUCAGCGAGAUUUGGAUGUCACUUUUGCAAUGUCCUUGGCAAUAGGCAUCUUCGAUUCGUAUGUGCGUGUUGCGCCACCGGCGCAGCCACCGGAUUGCGUAUCAUACAAUACGCGCGGAACGUGCUGCCCUUCCCUCGAGUGCUACAAGGACCUGCCCAUGGGCCUGAAGAUAUAUGUCACGCUGCUCCUUCUCUUGGCCAUGCGCGGCGGUGUGCGGAUGAUCAGCGAAAAUCCGUCUUUGAGUGCUGGUAAUGCUGGGAAGUGCUUAUUUGUGCUGGCUGUUGCUGCACAAGUACUUACCACUUUGUACACGUAA